AAACUGUCAGAUUCUCACCAUGAUGCUGCAGAAAUUCAACUUUCCAGCAAUCUCUCUUCACUCCAUGAUGAAACAGAAACAACGAUUUGCAAACCUCGCCAAGUUUAAAGCCAGCGUCUAUAAGAUCCUGAUCGCCACAGAUGUAGCUUCCAGAGGUUUGGAUAUUCCGACUGUUCAGGUGGUCAUUAACCAUAACACCCCGGGACUUCCAAAGAAUUACAUCCACAGAGUCGGACGGACAGCAAGAGCAGGGAGGAACGGCGUGUCGAUCACGCUGGUGACGCAGUAUGACAUCCACCUGGUUCACUGCAUUGAAGAGCAGACGAAGACCAAGCUGAAGGAAUAUCCCAUUGAGGAGAAAGAAGUCCUGAAGAUCCUCACGCAGGUCAAUGUGACCCGGCGGGAGUGUGAGAUUAGACUUGAAUCCACUGACUUUGAUGAGAAAAAGGAGAUUAACAAAAGGAAACAGCUGAUCCUGGAGGGGAAGGAUCCAGACCUGGAGGCCAAGAGGAAAGCUGAGCUGGAGAAGAUCAGGAGGCAAAAGAAGAAGUUCAAACAGAAAAUCCAGGAGAACAUUCAGAGACAGAAACACAAACAAGUGAAAAAGAAAAUAAUGAAGAAAAAACAUUCAGAAAAAAGCUGAGGCGGCGUCUUCGUGAAACCUGCCUCGUGUGUGUGUGUGUGUGUGUGUGUUUUGAAAGUUUAGUUUACCUGAUGCCUCUGCAAAUAAAUCUUGACACAAACAGCUCAAAUUCACCACUUUUAUUGAGUUGACAGGGGAACCACCAUCUUGUGAAAAUGAUAACGCUUCAAAUAUGUAUUUACAUCAUACUGAGGCCCCAGUUAGUCUAUCGGUUUAACCUCUGUUUUAUGAUAGAAUCGGUGUGUAACUGAAUCACUUCUAAAAUGACCACUGCACGGUCGAUUGCGGCUCAGAUGAUGGAGGAAAACAAACAAACAAAAAAAAAAAAA